ACCAGCAGUCUGCACAGUGCUGACAGCAAUACAGACAUUUCCUCUCGACGAUCUAUAUCCACCAGCUUUUGGAGAAGCUUCCAAAGAAUAUCCAGUCAUUGUAUCGGCCGACAUUAGCAGCAAACUGGGUUGGAAUCUGCACGUGGAACCACUGCGAAAUCGAGAAAAAGCAAGAAUCCGCACUCCAGCUGGUUUAACGAAGAGACCAGCCGUUAAGCCCGCUAGGUCUGUCAGGUUUUCAUACCAUGAACAUCCAGCCUGGAAAAUGUUACUCGCGGACACCAAUAGGUUCGUCGACGCCAUUGACAAGCAGGUAAAGCCCACCAACUCCACGAACGGAGUGUCGUCCAAGCCGAACACUCGUACGGCAAAUACAGCACUCGAACUCGCGGUGAUCAAUGGUCUGACAAAUGCUUCCGACGUUUCAUCACCUGAAAACCGCGUGCAUACGCCAACAGGCACGCCGUCGUGCCAAAAGGGGACUUCCCGGUCAGUUGUGGAAUGCUCCAGAGUACAUGUAGUACCCGAAGAAGUCGCUGCACUUGCCCGUGGACCGGGCCGUGCUAUACCAAGUGCUGUGUCGAAGCAUUUGUUGCUAAACGCGAGUCCACUAGCGUCACAUAACGGCAGCGCGAGCGCAUUGGCCAGCCGAGUACCUUUGAAUCAGUCGAGGCUGCACGGUUACAAGGUCCUAGCGCCAGAGCCCAGCGUUGAAUCUAAGAGCGCCGGGAACACCUUUAGCGGGAAAUCUUCGUCGGUGACCGCCGCGACAUCCCCGAAGAGGCCGAGACUGCUUCGCGGCAGAACGGCUACUAUCAAGCCAACUGCAACAAAGCGGCUCCCCGAGUUUCCAGGGGCAACCAGAACCAGUGAGACGAGAACGGGUCACGACUCAGCCCACCGGGUUGACGCCGCAACAAAACGUGACGACGGCGCUAUAUUAGGACAAGGAAGCUCAAACAGCUCCAAGCCCCGGAGAAUUCGGCGCAGGAAAAAACGGCCGAAGCUAACCCUUUUCCAACCAAGGCGGCGCAAGCUGGCAGCAGACGUGAAGUGGCCCCGACGAAGCAAGUGCCGCACUGUUGGAGCACGGCGGCGCACCUGCGAACCAGACCAGCAGAGACCGGAGGACCACAUGACCGACUCGUCCGUGGUUCGACCGCGAGUGUACGGUUUGGAUCCCGUCGUCGGGAGCGAAGAGCGGGAACAGCAGACGAGGCAGCCUGCCGUAAAACGCACUCGUCAAGUGCACCGGCCGCCCGAAGAACCGACGAGUCGUGAGUCGCGAGAGGAUUACUACGACUAUUCGCCGGAAUACCACGCCGAAGAAGACUAUUACCACGACUCGUACCCCGAAGACGUCAGCGACGAGGAUUCGCAAGAACUGGCCCGUCGAGAAAGUAAUCUCGCAAGCCCUGAUGCUCCGGCACAGAAAGGAGGCCUGCCGAAAAUCGACGCCAGCUCGACCUUAGAAAAAGCAGCCGCUAAUGAUGUCGGAUCUGACCACGAAUCGAUAACGGGUACUGACCGUUUAAACUACAGUGACGCAAGCAAGGACGCAGUGGAUCCGGCAAACCAAAGCGCGAGUUCCCGUGCGCUGAACGACACAGUGGAAGGCUUUACACUUCUAAUUGAAAGUGACGGCGAGCUCGCCUCCGUCGGAUUGCGUCAAGACCCACCGAAUUCGACAAAUGUCGAGCAAGGUCCGACCCGUGACCCCGAUGAAAUAAGGUUACCGCGCACAGACCCAACGCCGGCGGCUGCGUCGGAACUUGCCGCCAUGUCGGGUGUCCAGCUGAUUCGCGAUGCAGACACCAUUCACGGAGGUGCACACAGUACUUCGAGCGAUCGAAGUGAGGACAAAGGAGCAUCCAAAUUUUUCAGUUUUGCAGAGGUUUCUGCACAUGGACAGCACCGCUUUGGCUACAGGAAAGGCAAUGACCAACAUUUCAUUGGAAGGCUGGAGCUGGCUGACGGCCCGCGUGUCAAAUCUGUGGUUGUGUGGGCAGACAGAAGAGGAGGCCAUGGAAAACAUAUCUGGGACUACAACCACAAGGACUGAUGACAACACACUGCUGUUAUAUUUACACAAAGUGUCUGCGCUAAAUGCUUCAUGCCUGAAACUGCAGUAAAGCAAAACUUCACUGAAAAAAAAAACAUCAAUUGGUCUCAAAAAACUGUUCAUGUAAGUAAACAUAAGUACAUGAGGUUGCCAGAGACAAGGAUACAUAUUUUAUCAGGCAACAUUUUUCUGUCCUCAGAUAACAAGACGAAUGAAUUAAUCAACAUAAUGCAUUGGGAAAUUUUCUUGUAUACUGAUAAAGGAAACAUAAUGCAUUGGGAAAUUUUCUUGUAUACUGAUGAAGAAAACAAUAUGCAAGUCCCUGUCCUUUACACAGCAUAUUUAUUUUUUAUUGCUAAUUUGUCGAGGUUCUUUUUUUGUUCAAGUGGACUGCAAACCAAUAUUUCCAAACUUUUGCAGCAAUAAAAAGAACCUGUAAAAUAAUAUUUAUACUACAGUGCAAAGAAAGAUUAUACUUUGGAUGAUGAAAGGGUAGUGUGUUUCUUCAAAUCUAAAGUACCACCGGUGGCUUAUGGUUGAGAUAUGUAGAUACUUUGUCAUUUACUAAAUGUUGCAGUGAGCAUAGCUUCUCCUAUUUCAGUUUAGCUUCCUUUGGGAGUUUAAAAUUAGAAGUUUUGGGUUAACCACUUAUCUCUUAGAAUUUCACUAACACAUAAUGAGAUCCUUCAAUUACCAACAUGGUCUUCUAAGGUAUUCUGGUCAGUUGUGGGUCACAUCUGCCUUCAUGGAAGAUCUGCCUUCAUGGAAGAAGUAACGAGUAUUCUGUCUGUAAAAUAACAUUGUGGGAAACCUCCUGUAUUUUUGUACCACCCACCCCUUAUGUAAUACCCCGCAAGGGGUCUUUAAGGUAAUAAAAUGAAAUAACUUCCCCAGUACGAGGCAGUAUCAGAUAGUUUUGAGACUGGCUCUGUUUUGAAAAAAAAAGUAAUUUGUGUGCAUGAAAACAAUGUCACUUUUGAAAGAGUCCCCUUGCACAGCAAUACAGUCCUUCCAGUGUUUCUGCCACUUUUCAAAUUUUAAUGGAAGUAUUCUUUCCUGCAUGUGCAUUUUAGUAUGUGUGGCAGAUGGUUACACGUCCUUGACGUGUGUGUUUUGUUUGUAGUUUGCAGUACUGUGCAUGUUGUACCUGUUAGGGGCCAGUGACUAACUACAACAGCUAAAGGCCCAAAUGGUAAUUACUGUAUUUUGCAUUACAUUCCUUUAUUUAAAAAUAAGGUACCGCAGGGAUUUGUGCUCGAUUUCAGCUAUUGUGUCAAAAUGGCGACCAUUGGGCUGGGUUUUAAUGUGAUCAGCAUGCUUAGGGUACAUCACAAACUUUCGGGGGGGCUGACUAUCUAUCCAUCCAUGUCUCUGUUUCCGGCCAACUCAGAUCACUAAGUAGUUUAUAGUCUAUUGGGUAGCACAUCUUGCUGUCAUGCUGAGGGCACAGGGUUCGAAACCACUGUCGGAACAACUUUGUUCACUGGCAACGUGCUGCUGUUCAAUGAACCUCCUUAAAGGGCAGCUCUGGCGUUUUUCUAACCAUAUUAGGGUACUGUCAUUUUCAGAUGGCACUGACAGUCCUGUCACCGAUAGGGUGGCUCAAUUUGCUUAUAAAUUCAUCAAUAAUAUUAAAUAACCAAUAAACAAGAUACCAAAAGCGAAACGUGUAGCUGCUUUGUGUGACGUCACGAUGAGUUGAUGACGUCAGAUCCUACACUACCAUAAUGUAAACACACAGAAUGCGCGCUAAACAUGCAGUAAACGUGGCGCUAAUGCCAUAGAAGCAAUGCGAUUAUGUCUCCUGACUACACAGGGAGCUCUUACAGAUUUUCGAAACCAGACAGUAGCGAUUUCAGCUACUGUUUUAGCGACAGUGGCGGUGUAGUCUCUGACGUCAUAAAUACACGGUGACCAGUAGAAAGUCGUCAAUCAAGAACGCAACCAACCUUUAAAAGUGAUUCUCAGGAAAACUAAAUGACUUGCAGCCAUAUUGUUCAGCACAGAUAAUCAGAGCACAAAAGAGAAUGCAUAUUCAAAUUUUUACUAAGAUCAGUGAACAUCAAAAAAUCACUGGAGUUGUUUUUUAAAGGGCCCCUGAAACUGUUCGGACAAAUUUUGUAGACACAUAGGGUACAGUUAAAGUUAAUCACUCACUCCAAAAUUUGUAUGAAACAUCUAUAUUAAGAGAGCUAUGGACGAUUACAAGUUACCCUCUUCCAUAGUCACGCAUUUUCUCCUCAGCUCGUUCGCCGAGUGAUCGGAGCUAAGCUUCACCUUCACUGGCUCUGCGUCAUGAUGGCACAUCGUGUCGACGACUUCCAGUUUUCUAGAAACGAGCGCGCGAAGCCUCUCCGAGCUCUCCUCCAGCUGCUUGGCAGUCGACCCCGAGUGAGGGCUAUCGAAGCAGCAUGCGUUGCGAGCAUUCCGUCACAGCAUCGAACGUGUCUGGUAUUCCGGUAACCACAAGCGAGCUGGGCGUUUCGACGGAUGGCUGGAGGCAUAAACUCAAGCUGAUGAAGUAACUUUAGCGUAGACGUACGUGAGCUGCCGGAUCGAUCUCCAUGGUCCAGCCAACCGUUGGUGCAGGGCUUAACCAGCCAAACAAAGAGCUAAUAUUGCUCUAACCAAGUGUAAAACAUUUUAAACAUUUACAAAAACAAUGUGUUAACAAUUACACUCCUGCGAAAAAUUUACACCAGCCGCAAAGAAGAAUACAUUUUGUUGCUGCUACUGUGUGUGGUUGAGCUCUGUGCUACCAGGUGGCUGCACCAUGCAGACCAUUCACAUUUGCACUUCUGCUCAUCCCAUGAGACGACACAGUCAAGCGGCCAGGCCCUGUCCCAUUGCUCUUGCGAUUACCCUAAUGCCGGACUCGCGAAACUCUAUUGCGUUAGUAAUCUUCCAGUGUAAAGUGACGGCCUCAAAUGCACAAAUCCUGGCACUGAUCGUCUAGCGGCAGUUCGAUGCACUGCUGCCAGUCAGCUCGUCUGCUGCUUUGCAGCGGCACACGAUGUCGCAGCUUGACAUAUUGCCAGUCGCUACGUUUGCAAUCCACAACACAACAAAGUUGAAUCAUAGUGCUCGCGAAAAAACUGAGACCAACUCUGACUGUGGAGCUCUCGUCGAAAUGGAGCAUGUUGUAACACAAGCAGACGACGCUUGCUCUAUGCCGGAAGUGCUUAAGUGUAGUGAGAUAUUGUUCCUGUGCACUCUCUUUCUGUUACUUUCUUUUUAUAGAAACAAAUUAACUAACGUUUCAACUAUUACGAAGAUCAUUUGUGCACCAUAAAGGUGGAAAAAUUAUCGAUAACGCGCCUUAGGCAGCCAAUUGGAUAGCUCGCCCACAUGACUUCAUGUGGGUAGGGGCAGCUGAAGAUUCCGCCGAGCAGUGUGCUGCGAUCGGCACCGAUGUACAGGCGCCGAUAAAAGUGGUAUACUCCAUGCAGCGGGAGCCGGAACAGCAGCACACUGCAUCGCGACGCCAUCUACAGGCGGCAUCUGGGAUCGAGACAGCCAAUGGGUGCCCUUUAUUAUCGGCAGACAUGUUCCCAGAUGCUGCCUGUAGAUGGCAUUGCGAUGCAGUUUGCCGUUGCUCCGGCUCCCGCUGCGUGGACUGCAUGGAGUAUACCACUUUUGUCGGCGCCUGUACAUUUUUAAAGCCUUAUAUUAAAUUACAUGCUUUACGCAGAGCACUUAGAUGCGUCUAUUAAUGAUCAGCAGGAUGUACUAUAACGAGUCGGGACGUUUGUACAAUAUCGUCAAAAUCGUUUCAGGGUCCCUUUAACGUCACUGUGGCAACUGGCAACAAUGUGCAAUUGGGUAUGAGUCCUAUGGACUUGAAAAAAACCUCUUUGACAUUAAUUUGCAUCACUGGGUAUGUGCAACAGGGUAUGUGCCAAACUUCAGUAAUUUUCUUCAACGGGUAUGUGCCUCACAUCAAUGAACCUCUCUGAUGCCAACUUGGGGCCACUGGGUACAUGCCACUGGGUCUGUGUCGUAUCCAGUGUUGGGUGGUACUAGAUCCUCGUCAUAUAUAUUCAUACAAUCUUCUCUGAAUAUUCACACAUGCACCACAUAAGAACUUUGCAAUGGGGCUGCCACAUGGCACAAUGUGUCAAGAGAAGGCCAAGAGAGGAGCCAGGCUGCAUACAUGUAUCAUACAUGAUGUGUUUCUGUGGUACUACAGAAUGUCACUAAAUUACUUCAAUGCUAAUUGCUUUAAAGUCAACAUCUAUCGUAAGAUGGGUUCUGCCGAAAUUUUCUGAUAUUGAGAAGAGAGCGAAAUAAGCAGGCGCCAAAUCUGACAAGGAGGGUGAAUAUGGAAGCAAAACCAUGUUUCCCGCGAGAAGCGAGUGUGUGACCUGCGACAGGGUACACUGUCUUCAUGCAGCACCCAGCUCCUCAUCUGUGCCAGAUCAGGCCGUUUUUGCCGAAUGUCCUCACUCAGAAGCCCUAAGAUAUGUCAAUAAAACUUUCUGCUCAUAGUCUGGCCAUUCAGGACAAACUUAUGAUGCACAAUACUGCCAAUGCCAAAAAAGCCAAUGAGCAUGAACUUUGUCAAGCUGCGCACAUGCCCAGCCUUUCUUUGGUUGUGGAGAUGUUGGGCAUUUCCACUUCAACGACUUCCUCUCAAGUUGCUUCCUCUCAAGGUUGUACGUGUACACGUAAGUUUCAACCCUAGUGAUGAUUGUCGGCGUGAAAGACAGUUCAAUCGUCAAGUUUUGGUCCCACAUAUUUUGCUCUCUUACCAAAAUUAAAAACCUAGCUCAAAGAUUACUGUUCUGACAUGAUUCCUGAAAUCAAGCAUAGCUCACAAAAGGUGCUCAACUCAUAUAGGAAAAAAUACCUCCAAUAAAUAUUUGGAAAAUGGCAACACCAGAAGUACUGUAUUGCUCCGGAAGGGGAAUAUUAUGAAGGUGAGUGUUUGAAUGCGCAUAAACAAAUUACUUUCUUCAGAACAAGGCCAGUCUCAAAACGUUUUGAUACCACCUUGUAUGCUAUUAGAAUGCUUUAGCGCACCAUCAACACUGCACCACUAACACUGCUUGCCUCGGCACAUUCCAGCCUUGUGUGCACUUGUCAUGCUGACUCUCGUACAGAUCACAAUAAGAACAAAUGUGAGUGAGAGACUCUACGUGCUCUCAGAUGCAUCAUUCUGUCUAUAUGUAAAAUGUUAAUAUAGUCCACUGGCUUACUAUUACAUUGAAUGUACAGUGCUCAGUGAUCAAAACAUGAUACAAUGCAUGGCUGCUACCACUGUUUUGUUCCACUGGUGAGUGCUGGAUGAUUGUUAUGAGAUCAAAUGCAACCACAGCGUGUCACAAAGGCUCUCGUUUUCACCGUAUACCACAAUGCAUCCAAAGCGUCAGCUCGGUGUCUAUGUAUCAGCAUCGUCAGCACAAGAUGCGCUGGCAGUCAUGCGCUACGAACAUCCUGUUUCAAUCGCUGAGCACUCUACAUACACCUCUGGACGAUGGCCAACUGAUGGUACCACUUUGCCUUUUUGUACAGGGCUUGCUUUUACAGUCAAGUGCUCUUCUUAGGGAGCACAUCACCUACAAUUGUGCAAGCCUAUUCAAAAAUUUAAUUGAAAGUAGUUUGACCAAUAUAAAGUAUUCAUUCAGUAACUUAAGUUCCUUUUUUCUUUCCUUUGAUGUAGUUUAUUAUAGUAAUGA